CCCUCAACAAGCUCCGUAUAAAGCACGGCCCGUCCAUUUCGCAUUUCUGCACCGCCAGAAACGCAGACUCAGACUCGCGCUGUCGUAAACGCACCCGAGUCGACGCUCGAUUUUCGAUUUUCGAUAGGCCCCGCCCCCCCCCCCGCACACGCACGCUCGCACACACAAUGGCAGACUCGUGGGAGCAAGAGGAGGACAACCUGUCGCAGCAGGCACAGAACCUCAACCUCAACAACAACAAUAACGCGCAAGGACAGUUCAGGCCUGGCGGCGCAGCGUUCACUCCGGGCGCAUCGUCUUUCACCCCCGGUGCGUCGUCGUUCACGCCUGGGCAGCAAUACCAGCAGUAUGGCGGAGGAUACCAGCAAUAUGGCCAAUACGGCCAGCAGCAGUACGGCCAGCAGGGAUACAGCAACUUCCAGCAGUAUGGUCAGCAGCAAGGCUUCCCCCAGUACGGACAAUACGGACAGCAGCAGUACGGCCAGCAGGGCUACGGCGCCCAGGGCCAAGGCCAAUAUAACUACCAGCAACAGCAAAACUUCCAGCCGCAACAACAGCAACAGCGCCAGGCGCCCGUCCAGAUCGCGAAAAGAGGUGACAACAACGCUCCGGCCGCCCCGGCUGCCCAGCCGAAGAACGAUGCUGCACCCAAAGCCAAGGUUCUGAGCAUCGGAGGCGAUGCUGCGCCCAAGGCAAAGGUCCUGUCUAUUGGCGGAGAUGCCGCUGCUCCCAAGGUGGAGAAGGCGGGCGGCACAAAAGUCUUGAGCCUGGGAGGCGCACCCGCUGCUGCACCCACAGCGAAGGACAAUGUUGACACCAAGGCCCCCGAGGCUGGAGCGAAGGUCGCCGCAGCCGUGGCCAUCGAGAAGACUGGCGAACCCACUGGAGCCUCCGGUCCAUCCGGUCGGACAUCACCCACACCUUCAACAGGCCGUAGCUCGCCCAGCCGAGCGGAAGGAUUGAACAAGAAGCAGUUGGUUGAUCUUGAAAAGGAGCAGGAAGAAGAUGUUGACGAGGCAGUUCUUGCUGAAAUGUACGGAAAAGAACACAUCAAUGUCAUCUUCCUUGGUCACGUUGACGCCGGCAAGUCUACGCUCGGUGGUAGUAUCCUUUUCGCCACCGGCAUGGUCGAUGAGCGAACCAUGGACAAAUACAAGAGGGAAGCCAAGGAUGCCGGCCGUGAAACCUGGUACCUAUCAUGGGCUUUGGAUCUAACCAAAGAAGAACGAUCCAAAGGCAAGACUGUCGAAGUUGGUAGGGGAUUCUUCGAGACCGAAAAGCGACGAUACUCUAUCCUCGAUGCACCGGGCCACAAGACUUACGUUCCAAGCAUGAUUGGCGGUGCAGCUCAGGCUGAUGUCGGAAUUCUUGUCAUCUCUGCCCGCAAGGGUGAGUACGAGACGGGUUUCGAGAAGGGUGGACAGACUCGCGAGCACGCUAUGUUGGCUAAGACCCAGGGUGUGAACAAGCUUGUGGUUGCUGUCAACAAGAUGGACGACCCGACUGUCGAGUGGUCUGAGGAGCGUUACAAGGAGUGCACAACGAAGCUUACGGUAUUCCUGAAGGGUGUGGGUUAUAACCCAAAGACUGACAUCGCCUUCAUGCCCAUCAGUGCUCAAACAACGGUCGGUAUCAAAGACCGAGUCCCCAAAGAGCUUGCACCAUGGCAUAACGGCCCUUCGCUGCUUGAGUACCUCGACAACAUGAAGGCUCUCGAGAGGAAGCUCAACGCACCCUUCAUGAUGCCCAUAUCUGCCAAGUACCGAGAUCUUGGUACUAUGAUUGAGGGCAAGAUUGAGUCCGGUGUCAUCAAGAAGGAGAACAAGUACCUCAUGAUGCCUAACCGAGACACCAUCACGAUUUCUGCGCUUUACGGAGAGCAAGAAGACGAAAUUCCCGGAGCCGCAUGCGGUGACCAGGUCCGUAUCCGUCUUCGUGGUGUUGAAGAAGAAGACAUCCUUCCCGGAUUCGUGCUCUGUUCACCCAAGAGGCCCGUACACUGCGUGUCAACCUUCGAGGCUCAGAUUGUCCUACUAGACCUCAAGAGUAUUCUUACAGCGGGUUACAAUUGCGUACUACACGUGCACGCCGCCCAAGAAGAGGUCACUUUCGAGGCCUUACUACACAAGCUUGAGAAGGGCACAGGCAGGAAGAGCAAGAAGGCGCCCGGAUUCGCCACAAAGGGCAUGUCGAUCAUUGCGCGACUCAAGGUCACUGGUACUGCCGGCGCUCUCUGCGUCGAGCGAUUCGAGGACUACCCCCAACUUGGUCGCUUCACGCUUCGUGACCAAGGACAGACGAUUGCCAUUGGUAAGAUCACUAAGUUGAUCACGGAGGAGCAGGCCGCCGCCGCCGCUGCUGCUGCCGCUGCCGCUGCUUAAGCGAGUCGAAGAGCUGGCCGUAGAGCCAAGACGAAUCACGAGCACGUCGCCACAGCUUAGGCUGCGACUGCUUUCGCGACCAUCAUGAGGAGCUAGUCGCGCGGAGAGGUCGGAGAGAGCGACGCUCAGGCGGAGUCGCCGCUGUCAACAGGGUGGAUUUAGCAUAUAGACAUCAAAAGAACCUGAUUUAGUUCUCUGCUCC